AAGUGUCCUUUUAUCCUCUUUGAUGCUGAGGUAGCUUCGUCACAUGCCUCGAUCUCACGUGGUUCCCCGAUUACAGGCGACCGGUCGAAGGUCUCGCUACGGAAACGACUUAUCGAUGGCGCCUACGCUUACGCACGACGUUUACAAGCAUGGAGAAAGCGGGAAAGGGACCGGAGGGAGAGACGGGAAGAAGAGGUCGUUUUGGGAAAAGUGGGAGACGAGCACUGGCAGGAACUGGUAGAGGACGUUGGUCGCCCUGGUAGCCCUAUGGACAUCAGUGAUGUUAGCAACGUAUCGUCAAUCUCAUCC